CGAAUGGCUCAGCGUAAGACAAUUGUGUUAGGAGAUCUGAGAAGUGUCCAUCAUCCAAGCGAGAUUCAUUCAACCGGUUUUUAAAGCUUUAGAUGCAACGAAUCAUGGAACCCCUUAAAUUGGCGAUUAUUGGACAAAGCAAUUUCGCCGCUGACGUAUUAGAAUUGCUUAUCGAGAAAAGCUACUCCGUCGUUGGUGUAUUUACUAUUCCUGAUAAGGGAAGUCGCGAAGAUAUUCUCGCAAGCACCGCUAAAAACCAUAAUAUUCCCGUCUUCAAGUUCCCAUCAUGGAGGAAAAAAGGCGUUGCUAUACCAGAAGUUCUUUCCCAGUACAAAUCGAUUGGGGCCAACCUAAACGUUUUGCCAUAUUGUUCACAAUUCAUUCCUAUGGAAGUUAUCGAUGGAGCGAAACUAGGAAGUAUCUGUUAUCAUCCAUCUAUUCUACCCCGCCAUAGAGGAGCUAGUGCCAUUUCGUGGACUUUAAUAGAGGGAGACGAAACCGCAGGAUUCUCCAUCUUCUGGGCUGACGACGGUUUAGAUACUGGUCCAAUUCUGCUGCAAAAGCAAUGCCCGCUAGAGCCAACAGAUACUUUGGAUACAAUCUACAAGAGGUUCUUAUACCCGCAAGGAGUGAAAGCAAUGGGUGAAGCUGUCGAUCUCGUUGCAAAAGGAACUGCUCCAAAAAUCCCCCAGACUGAAAUCGGCGCAACAUAUGAUCCUGCUAUGUUCCGAGAAGAGAACCAAAUAAUAAACCUAGAUCAACCGGCAAAGCGAAUUUGGAAUUUCGUUAGAGGUUUGGACUCUGUUCCCGGUGCGAUAGCCUACGUUGAAGGCGACAAAGGAGAGGAAGAACAGAUAAGGCUUUUCGGAGCACAUAUGUUUUCAGCAGUUCCAGUGACUGGCGAACCUUUAAAACUCAAAGGAUUAAAAAAACCUGCCAUUGUUCACGACGACGGUAUAGCGAUAGAGGGAACUGAUGGUGAAUUCGUUAAUAUCAAAAGAGUGAAGAGAGGUACUAAGGUAAUCCCUGCUGCGGAAUGGUUUAAACAAUCGGCAGCUAAAGUGGAAAUUGAACUUACCGCCGAUGAGACUCAGAAGAAGGAGGCUUUACGUGCGAUUUGGAAUAGUAUUCUAAAGAUCCCUAUUGAAGAAACAACUGACUUCUUCGCAUCUGGAGCUGGCUCAAUGGAUGUUGUGCGUUUAGUUGAAGAAUGCAAAGAUGCUUUUGAUGUACCUUUGGAGAAUGAAUCAGUUUUCAUGGCUCCGGUUUUCGAUGAAUUCUUCUUAGAAAUCGUAAAGAACCUCCGACAAGGAAGCGUUGGCUCUGACGUGAAGGUUUAUUUCGAUGGAUUUGUCUUGCAUGCUAAUAAACGUGAGAUCUCUGUUCCAACUCAAAUGUUUGUCAAUGGGCAAUUCAUGGAUGGUGAAGGAAGAAAAACUCUUGACAUAAUUAAUCCAACCACUGAAGAGCUACUUUGUAAAGUUGCUUUCGCUUCGAAAAACGAUGUUGAUACGGCAGUGAAAAGUGCGCAUAAAGCCUUCCAAAGCUGGAAGCUGAUGCCCGCGCGACAAAGAGGUCAGCUAAUGAUGAAACUGGCUGACUUGAUGGAACAGCACAAGGAAGAACUGGCUACAAUUGAAGCAGUUGAUUCAGGAGCAGUCUAUACAUUAGCCCUGAAAACUCACGUCGGUAUGUCCAUCGAUGUUUGGCGUUACUUUGCCGGUUGGACCGAUAAGAUUGAAGGAAGCACUAUACCAGUAAAUCCAGCAAGGCCAAACAACGUUCUUACAUUUACGAAAAAAGAACCCAUUGGUGUUUGUGGGCUUAUUACACCAUGGAAUUAUCCUCUCAUGAUGUUGUCGUGGAAGAUGGCAGCCUGCAUCGGGGCAGGUAACACAGUUGUCAUCAAACCUGCUCAAGUUUGCCCGCUCACAGCCCUCAAAUUUGCUGAACUUUCGGUAAAGGCCGGAUUUCCUCCAGGGGUUAUAAAUGUUGUCACUGGUUCUGGCUCCUUAGCUGGCCAAGCUAUAGCUGAUCAUCCGUUAGUGCGAAAACUUGGAUUUACAGGAUCAACGCCUAUUGGACAACAUAUUAUGAAAUCUUGCGCGGAAUCAAAUCUGAAAAAGGUGUCAUUAGAGUUGGGUGGAAAGAGCCCGUUGGUCAUAUUUGCUGACUGUGAUUUGGACAAAGCUGUGAGAUAUGGUAUGUCCUCAGUAUUUUUCAAUAAAGGCGAAAAUUGCAUUGCCGCCGGACGUUUAUUUGUUGAGGACACCAUUCACGAUGAGUUUGUCAGACGGGUUGUGAAGGAUAUAAAAUUGAUGACAAUUGGUGACCCAUUGAAUCGAUCAACUGCCCACGGACCACAAAAUCACAAGUCUCAUUUCGAUAAGCUCCUGGAAUAUUGUGAGAUUGGCUUGAAGGAAGGCGCCACGCUUGUAUACGGAGGAAGACGGGUACCAAACAUGAAAGGCUACUUCCUCGAACCAACUGUUUUCACCAACGUUGAAGAUCAUAUGUUCAUAGCUAAGGAAGAGUCUUUCGGACCUAUUAUGAUAAUUUCGAAAUUCAAUGGAAGUGAUAUUGAGUCCGUAAUGAAACGUGCGAAUUCUACUGAAUACGGUCUAGCGAGUGGAGUAUUCACCAAGGAUAUAAACAAGGCUCUAGCUUUUGCAGAUAAAAUUGAAGCAGGCACUGUUUUCGUAAACGUAUAUAAUAAAACAGAUGUGGCGGCACCGUUUGGUGGAUUCAAGCAAAGUGGUUUUGGAAAAGAUCUUGGCAGGGAGGCUCUCAAUGAAUAUCUGAAAACAAAAUGUGUUACUGUUGAGUUUUAAGCUAAGGUUGAUUAAGAAUUUGUUAUGUUUGUUUUAUUGUUAUGAUAUACUUAUAAGAUGUUCAUGUUGUAAGUGUUAAUAUUCUUAAGUAGCGUCUUGAAAAUACUUAGAGAUAUAAAACAAUGACUGCAAUUCUUUAUAAGCAAAAGUAUACAUAUUUUAUUAAUAGUGACCACAGGAGAAUGUAAAUAGGACAUCUUAAACCUGUGUUUUUGAAAAUCAAUAUUAUCAGCGAAACUUACUUGAAACUAUUCAUGGUGAAUGACUUGAUUAUCAUAAAUAAACGUUUCUAUUUA